AUGUUGGAAGCAAAUCACGGCCACAUUGUCACGGUCGCCUCGAUCGCUGGAAAAGCCGGAGUUGCUGGAUUGGUCAGUCGAUUCCGAAAGUUCUCUCAGCAUUUAUUAAAUUUCAGGUCGAUUAUUGCGCUUCGAAACACGGCGCCGUUGGUUUCCACGAGUCUUUGACCGCAGAAAUCGCCGCUCUCCGAAAAGACGUUAAAACCACAGUUGUUUGCCCAUAUUACAUUAACACUGGAAUGUUUGACGGUGUUGAGACCAAGUAAUUUCAAGAAAUGGAUGAAAAAUGCAGAAAUUUUUAUUUUAGAUCGCCAACAUUGCUGCCCUUAUUGGAGCCCGAAUACGUUGUUGAAUGCAUUAUGGAAGGAAUUUUGACUAAUCGGUACAAUGUUAUUCUUCCUCGUUUCUGCCAUUUGGUCGUCGCUUGUGCUGGGUUCGUUCAGAAAGUUUUCCCGUCGUUUUUAGUGAAAUUUGGGAUUAUUCAAGACUUUCGCACGUUCAAAAACUUCAUCAUAAUUAUUUUAAAAGGGUGCUCAAUUUCCCAGUAGAUUUUGAACAUUAGGAUAUGUCAUAUUUUCUUCGUUAUCAAGUUUUUCCUUGUUUUAAAAAGCUCGAGUCUCCUAGAACUUAUCGCUACCAGAUUUUACAAUUUGAGAUCUUUCAAAAACUAGAAAAUUACUUGGAUCAACUCGAAUUCUCUGUUAUUUCCUCAAUUUCAGACUCCUCCCGACGGAAGUCACUUUGAUUCUUAACGAAUACCUCGGCGCCAACCAAACCAUGGACACUUUCAAGGGUCGAGUCGUCCAGAAAGCUUAA